UGAGAAUCAUUUUCCAAAUUGAGGAAGUCAUUUAUAUAGAGGGGGAUGCUGAUGAGAAACAUCAUGUCGUUUUGGAUUUUAGUUUAACACUGCGCGGCGUUCGUAUGAAUUUUGUUGUUUCUCAAAAUCGCAGAAAUAUCUCCCCAAAAACAGAAGAAAACACUCAAUUUCCAUGAUUUCUUUUCUUUUCAUCUCUCAGCUCUAGAUAAAUCGAAUGGCGAAAUCGAUUUCCUGUUUAGUUUUCUUCAUUUGGUCAUCGUGAAAGUAAAUCAACCAGUGGAUCAUUGAUAUAAUCGUCGAUUUCAUCAUCUUCAGUAGGUCGAUCAUUGUAACAGCCGCUCCGAGCAUAAGCGAUAUUCGUCUUCUUCGGGAAAUAUGGUGGAGAUCUAUUCUGUUUGUGGAAAAUGGAAUUUAGAUGACAAAUCGCAAUGGAAAUUUUUAGUAGAUGCGAAUAAAGGAGGAUCACUUUGUGAAGUAGAUGAGAACAUCACAUACAAAGACUUAGUUGAGAUGGUUAUCGAAGACUUUGGGUUUGAUCGUUCAAGAGAUAUUACACUUAGCUUUGAACUUCCAAUGAGAACGAAAUCGAUCCUUGGGGAUUUUCCACCGAUGAAUAUGCGAAACGAUCGCCAAGUCAGAGCUUUUAUCAACAAGAUAAAAGAAGAUCAUGAACUGAUUCGUUUAUGUGUAACGGUGAGUAACAAAUGCAAUUUUAUUGAGGAUGUUGGUGAGAAUGUUGGCAACAACAUUCAGGCAAAUACCAUACAUAACGAAGGGAAUUAUGAUGUGGUAACAUAG